AUGGUGUCUCAACGAGGACAAUAUCUGGGGUCGGUGCAGAAUAUAUCGGAAGCUUCGGAUGUCCAACAGCUGGGUGUAAUAAAGAGACCAGAUCUAAAGGAGGGGCGGUGUGCAUCUCCACACGAAAUACAUCUGCUUCAACAGGGUCCAGAGCAACGAGGUAUAGCUCUGGAGUGUUCAAAGAAGGACGAUCAACGUCCGACGUUCCCCUCAACCUGCCCGUACAUUACGAGUGUCGGCGCCACUCAGGUCAACCCAAAUUCCACGGUUCCCGAGCCUGAAAGCGCGUGCGAGCAAGUGAUCUACUCCAGCGGAGGAUGGUCGAACGUGUUCGCCAUGCCGUCGUACCAGAAGACAGCAGUCGAGUCAUACCUCGCGAACUAUCCCCCACCGUACCCUGCUGACAUCUGGAACUCGACCGGCACGUCGCGUGCAUUCCCCGACAUCUCUGCGAAUGGUGCAAACUACGUCGUCGCCAUCCAGGGCGAAUACAUGUUGGUCUACGGAACCUCAUGCUCUUCCCCGGUCUCAGCCGCCAUCCUCUCCGCCGUUAAUGACGCUCGCCUUGCUGUCGGAAAGGGUCCGAUGGGCUUCAUCAACCCUGCGAUCUACACGCCCCGCGGCAUGGAAGCGUUCAAUGACAUUACGACUGGCACGAAUCCAGGCUGCGGCACUGUGGGGUUCUAUGCUGAGCGAGGCUGGGACCCUGUUACGGGCGUUGGCACGCCCAACUUCCCGAAAUUGCUCGAGCUUUUCCUCUCGCUGCCGUAG